AUGGAGAAAUUGUGGUCUAAUUUCAAGCUUUUAGGGGAAGAACAAAUAGAUCUAAAUAUUGGUAAUCAAGCAGAUGAUGUUCUGGAGGAAAAGGGAAGGGUUUGCUUAUUGGGCAGGCUGCAUACAAAUAGACCCUUUAAUAGAACAACCUUUAAAAGUACAAUGAAGAAAAGGGUGCUUGAGGGGAUGCCAUGGUCCUUUGAUAACCAUCUUCUCCUGCUUACGGAGUAUCUACGAGUUAGGAUUUUGCUUGAUGUAGAUAAAGCACUUCUCUGGGGUAUGACGGUUCGAGGGACUGAUGGAACAAAGUUUAUAGUCUAUUUUAGAUAUGAAAGGCUGCCGAAUGUGUGUUAUUUCUGUGGUUGUUUUGGUCAUGGGGAAAGAGAUUGUUUAGUUCGUUUGGGGGAUCAAAGCUCUAAUAAAGGUCCUUUGCAAUAUGGACCAUGGUUAAGAGCUUUGGGGGAGAAGACGAAGAAGGUAGUCCAGCAGAAGAAAACCUUUACUGAAGUUCAUCAGGCUUUUGAGCAGGGAACCACGAUGGGCGGAGAAAUGGGGGAAGGGGAAGAUACGGCGACGGUUGAUGCCACGAUUAUGGAAGUUGGUGAUAACCCCAGGAAUUCAGAAUUGAUGGAACAUGUUUCCAUGAUGAUAGGUGGUCCUGAUACUAUGAAGAUGGGUGAGCAAGAAGCAGUUACUGGGGAGAGCAGUGGGUUUAGAACGGUUGACUUGGAGUCCAACUUGGAAAAUUUAGCCGAUAAGCAUUAUCUAAGUGAUGAGGGGCCCAAUAAGCCAAUUGGGCCUGAUCUAAUGGUGGACCAACUUCAACAUUUGAGGCAGGAUGACAAGCCUACAACUAUGGGAAAUAAUGAGUUUUUCAGCCCACAUAUCCACAAAGACUAUUUACAAUGUGAAAGGGAUACUGUUAAGUCUAAGACCACUGAGGUUCACACCCUUACUGAGGUUGAAAAGGACGACAAAUCCAAGGGAAAAGGUGUCUUGGUGGAAGAUAGUAAGGGAAGGAAAAAUCUGAAAAAUUGGAAACGGCAGGCUAGGGCUCCGAAUGUCUCAGCUAAAACAAAGAAGGAGGCAAUUGUGGGAAAUAAGCGACAAACAGCAAAUGCAGUUCACACGAUGGAGGUGGAUGGGCAGUCGAGUUCGAAGAAAAGGGUUUCUCUUGACCAGGUAUAA